ACCGUGUUUUGUGAAUAGCGCCAUCAAUCGUUUGUAAUCGUACAACCAAAAAACACGUGCUUGCAAACAUAAUUUGAAUCGAAAUAUGACGUUCCAUGCGAAUCUUGAGUCUGACAAGAAAUUGGUCAGCGACAGUGAAACCUUACGCAGUGUCGAUGACGUUUGUAGGAAACGAUCAGCACCAUAUGAGGCUGCAUUCAGGCAUCGUGUGACAAUCACUGACACUGCACGCGCAUUCUCCGUCAAUAGUUUGGGCUCGGAGAAAUGGUGCAUUAUGAUGGCAUUGUCUUCACUUGUGCGUUUACUUCCUCAUCAGUGACUGCAGGAUGCGGUGAGGCGGACACGUGCCAGGAGGUGUGUCCAGCAGAGGCCAGUGUCUUGGUGAUGCUGUGCGGAGACGCAGUGUCUUAUGACGAGCAUGAAUUAUGUGACGGGCUUGUGUUGAUGAUGUGUCGGGGUGAAUUGUAAGCUGUACUAUUGAAUGCAGAAAGGUGCUUGCUGUGUCAAGUUGUCCGGAUGAGUCUUAUGAUGGUUCUGCAUCCGAGGAUAAACUGAGAUGUGGAUAUCUGCAAGGAGAGAACUGGACUCGGCAAAUGCCAGAAGGUCAUUUGUAAACCCCCCCCCCUUCCCAACUAGAUAUUGAUUGGCUGUGACGGAAGAGGCGAGAAGUUGCCGGUCAUUCGUUCUAGUCGACGCUCUGACUGAAUGAAGGAUGAUUCAGCAGCAGAAUGGACAUGUAAACAGGUCAUGGUUGAUUGAGGACGGGAUGAGAAAUCGCGGGAUGCAUCGUCGACCGCAUACGCCAAAGCGAGAGCAAGACUUGCGAGCAGAUAACGAUGGUAAACAGAGAUGGAGCAUCUAGGAUUGCACAACAGCGGACCGGUGUUUACUAAACACUCCCCGAUGAGUCUGGAUAGUGGUGUAUCGAAGAGUGGUUUGGAUAACCGGAGAGAGUCUUUAAACAGAUGCCGGUUGUAGGCUCGGCGAUAGGUUACACCGUAUCCAGGCUUCCUUUACGUCAACAGGUUUGCUGGAUGUGAGCACACAUUGAUUGCAAAAUGGUGAACGAAUAAAACCUUAGAUUGGAAAAGAUGGUAGAAAAUAGACACAAGGACAGGCUAUUAUAACCUGCAGUUCGAAGAAAGUCAAGAUUUCGGGGAACCAAAUUUUGACUAAGUGUGAGUGAAUUCGUCUCAGUCGAACAUAUUUAGUUGACUGGCUGUGUGAAUGAAGUUGGAAUCAUGUUGUACAAGACGGCUUUUAGAAGCAAACAUAACGCAAGGAUGUACUCGGUGGCCUACGGCUUCAUGCUGCCAUGGAUCUGGUCGGUCAACCGACUUCUGUCCUUAGUGAUACGGACGACAGAUGAAUCCCGAAAUGAGGAGGAGGCACCAUGCUACGAACGCUGCGUGAUUCUCCUCUUCUCGCUGCCUGUCUGCCUCGCCCUGAUCAUCGCGUUCUCCCCCUUUGCGUUGUUUGGUUUCAUCGCCAGGGUGUAUCUAGCCAGCAAGCGUGCCCCGUACAUGUACUCCUUUGCAGACACACCAAGUCGGGUCAACGUUAACGAGUGUAUAUGGGCGGAUCUCUCAUCCAAACACUUCUUCAAACUCGCCGUUAUCGAUACUUGCCUUAUGCCGGAGGGCAUGUCAAGAUUAAACAACCUCCGGAAUGUUCAGACCCGGUCGGUCAAUCUCGCACGUCGGAUCAUUAACUCGCAAGUCAGACCAAGCCCAAGGAUUUUUGUCCAAUCUCCAUCGGACAGUGAACUGAAAACCUACAGCAUACACCCACCGGCCUCCACCAACCCAAUGAGUCUGUUUAAUGUCGGAGAAAGCAAUCAACUAGACGUCAGUGACGCAGAAGUGUCCUGUGUGACGUACACAAAUAUCCUACCGGAAGAAACGUCCUUCUUUGCGCAGGGUACCGAUAAGAUCAGGGAUAAUUGUGAGAACGGGGAACCCAUUCACCAAUGCAAUGGGGACACACCUCUUACACCGGACACACCUGUCAAUGGAGACAUGUUAAGAGAUUCUAGAGAUGCCGAUCAAGACUCAAGAAAUGAUCCGCUAGAUAACUUGAACUCUGUGCCUGAUAUCGUACCCAAAGACAUCUCGGAUACCCCAACGCCAUCAGAAUCCUUGGCCUCCACUCCAAACUUAGACUGUAGCAUUCAGAUUGAGGUACCUAUAACACCUUUCCAUGAGCCAAAGCCCCACACACUCACUGGCGGUCCUCAACAUCAAAAACUCCACAGUGAAAAUAAGAUAGGAGACGUUCCUUCACCGUCGGAACACGCCGUCAACAUCAAUUUUCCCGCCGGUUUGGACUUCAUCUGUUUUCAAGAGGUCUUCGAGCGCAGAGCCGCCAAGAAACUUGUCAAGACUCUCCACCUGUGGUUCAGUCACAUCAUCUACGACGUAGGCGUGGACUCCUGGAGAAUUAACAGACAUUUCUUGAACAGUGGUCUGUUGUUUGCCAGCCGCUACCCAAUCCUGGACGCAGCGUUUGAAUGUUUCAGUCAGAGUCAGAACGAAGAUCGGGCAGUUUCCAAGGGACUUCUGAUGGUCAAGGUCCAAGUUGGCAAGACGCGAGAGGGUCAUCCCGUGGUGGGUUACAUCGCAGUCACACAACUCCAAGCUGCACAAGAAACCAAUAUCCGCUCGGGCCAGCUGGAUUGCAUUCUCAACUGGCUGAGCAGUUUCCAUAGCAACACUCACACGGAAUACCUGGAGUUGGUGGCUUUCGAUCUGCUGUGCGGCAACUUCAAUUUUGACAACAUGUCACCAGGUGAUAUGCCAGACUGGAGCCAUCCUGUAUUCCUUAUAUACCACGACCCGUGUAGACAGAGGCCGGGACUAGACCGAGCCUGGACUGUUGGCACCAUACUCAGGAAGAAGCGUCUUCAAGACGAAGAGGUUUGCACACCAGAGGGCUUACAGAGUGCUCUAGAGGAUCCUCAACAGCGAGGCAACUAUCUUGAGGAUGCUGAGGUCUUUGAGGCUGGAGGUGAGGCUGUCCGAUGGGGAGCCUCGGAUAGCAGUCACUAUGAGGGAGUCGGCAGGCGGAGGGUAGAUUAUAUCCUGUAUAGCAACCAUAGGACACAUAUGCAACAGCUCUGUGAAGAGUACAGCUUUGUCAGUCAGCUAGCCACGUUGACCGAUCACGUUCCCCUCAGCAUGACGUUUUCCACGGCCAUCGGUCCCGGGGCGAUGCAGGAAUGGCCCCAAGCUGUGACACCAGACAGUAAUGGUUCUCAUUCCUGUAAGAUCAUGUAUGAAACCACUGUCUGAUAAUUGAUGAACCUGCUGUGCAGAUCCACGCUUUUAAAGGUCCAUUAGUUCAAAUGAGUUUCUCCAUGGAAACCCUUCCGAUUAUCUCGCCAGGCAGACUGUGGAGCUCCAUUGGGGUAAUUUUGUCGGCUGUUUGUUUCACUCUUUGAGGGAUUCCUGACUGCCGUUUCCAAGGUUUUUGCAUCAUUACUACUAGUGCUGGCGUUGUGACUUCAAAGCUUUGUGUGUUUUUUCCCAGCUACAUGGUUUCUGACUAGCGCCUUUGCAAUUUCUAAGAAAUUGUCAUAGUGGGAAAAUGCCAUCUUGUGGAGGUGGCUAGUUUAGAUGGCAGAGCACGAGUACGGUGUUUCAGAGAUUGCUGGUUCGAACCCAACUUUGAACAGUCUCAGCACAGAACAGUAGCAUGUGUUAUUUACUUAUUUUAAGUUACAUUUACUACCUAACUUGACACAACCUAGAAUUUUUUUUUGGAAAGAAUGGUGCUUUCUGACGCCACUUUUUUUUCAUCAUGUAUGAUCUCAAUGAAGGUCAGUCAUUGCAAAAAUGUUGAAAACGCAUGA